AUGGUUAGCGCGCGUGCGUACCCUGACCCCGCGGAGUCGGCGUCGAUGGCGUCGGACAGGAAUUCAGAGCAGAGGGAUCGGAGUGUGGUGUCGGAAUUUUGCCACCUGCUAGAAAAAUCAAAGCAAUUGUUCAAUGGCCUACGGUUUCUGUUGGGAACUUCAUCCAUUCCGAUUCCUUUGCCUAGUCUUCGAACAAGCGAGGUACAUUAUCUGAACGAAUCGUUUGCCUUUUUCUCUGCGAUUCGCACGCGAGGUUAUUAUUCUAAGGCGAGCAAAGAACAGCGCCCAGAUUUGAUGGUGAAAAAGUUACGUUACUAUGCUCGUUUCAUUUUGGUUUGCUUAUUAUUACGAAAAAUGAAGUUGGUGCAUGAACUGCUUCGCGAGUUUACGAAGCAGGUAGAAGAGUACACUGCAGUCUAUGACCCAGAAGAUCAAUUGGGUUGGGAUAUGGUUGUGCAAGAGAUUCGUGAUUUUGUCGAAGGUGAAUCCCUGUGUACUGUGCUCAGUGCCGACUCUACCCCGACUGUGAUCACACAUCGUCUAAAUCAGUACAACAGUCCCCAAGUGGAGAAAUGCGGUUCCGGCUAUAUGCAGCUCUCAGAAGUGCUUAUAGUGGGCAAUUGCUAUGAACAGACACGAUUUAGCGAGUUAUCGCUUGACAUGUAUCGCAUGUUGCAGACUCUCGAACGUGACCCGCUUGACCCGCUGUUGCCCCACACUCGUCACCCUCGAACAACAUCGGCAGAUGGUGGCCCCUUGGAGAAUGGUAUAACUUCUAAUGAGGACACAAAUGGCCCGUUUUCCCGAACAUCCAAUCCGCAUAAAUAUUUGCUGUACAAACCAACUUUCUCCCAGUUCAACACCGUUAUGGCGGCCGCAUUCAAAGAUGUUUCAGCCACUGGAGCCGUUCUGCUGUACAUAUCUGCUGAUGGAAUCCGCGCCCCUUCCGCAAAAUACGGGGAUGAACCUCAUGCCGGCACGGUGGGAUUUGAUUGUGGUGGUGUAGUUACUAACAAUCGUCGUGAACAGGAAUUCAACGUUAAACCGAAAAAGAUCACUCUCAAGGAACCGCAUUGCAUUCAUCCAGGAGACAUCUAUCCAUACAUGCGAAAACCACUGUUCCUCGUUGUGGACAGUGAUAAUAGCACUGCAUUUCGUAACUUUCCAAGCCUCUUUGGACAACCGUUCGUCUGCCUUCUCUCACCCGAAGUAGUCCCGGACAAAUUGGAAAGUAUGCGUCAUCGGGGAAAUGUUUUUACCCUAUUCCUGCACUGCCCCAUCACGGCAUUCUGCUAUAUAUGUGGACUGACCACCAUUCAGUAUAAGACAUGGGAUCGAGCUCAAGCCAUCCUGGACUCAUUCCUGACCGAGUGUUAUCGCAUCCUUACACGGUCCCGUAACUUGGAUUACUCCUAUAUGCAGUUCCUGGUUGACGACUUUUUGCGACUGUUAGUUUUGCGGUAUUGUUUUUGCAGCAUAGUCCUCCAGUUUCAUCGAGGCUUCACAGGUCCUUCAUUCUACCCUUCUUGUUCCCCUUCGCUUCCGGAGUCGGAGAUGAUCAAUUCUCCCUUGCUACAUAAACUCGUGCUUGAGCUUGCCACAUUACUGGAAUGCAGGUCAAUGUUCGCCACACCUGACAACUACGCGAAAGACUGAUUCAGACCGUCGACAACUUCCCACCACCCACCAGAUGUGAGACUACUACUAUUUUACUUACUAUCCAGAGCCAAUUACCAAAGAGCAUCAGAACACCGGGCUACCGAAUCGCCAUUCCCAUUUUCGUGUUCUUUGUUUCUUUCUCACCUGCCGCCCUGCUCGAAGAACCUCUUGUGAUUUAUUUUCUAAAGCUCCAUUGGAACCCUGUAUCCGUUUCAUUCCUUAGCUGCUUCUGUCGCAGUUCCCGGUUCAGAUGAGGUCGGUAGGAUAAAUAAUCAAGCAUUUGAAAGGUCACACGCACACAGAGUGCACAUGACCCUCACGUUCUUGUUGCAUUUGGUUUCUUUUGCUGCAUUUUUUAACUUUUACUACUACAACGAUUCCAACACCAUAGUCUCCUUCUUCCUGUCUUCCUGGUUAUUUCUGUUGUCCAAAUUUUCUUUCACCCCUUGCGGCCUACCUCUGUGGUGCAGUCCGCAUCUUCUUGUCUGAUGCCACUGUCGCACGGGUGACAACAGCUCAUGUUUCCAGGCUAUUCAUCACGUCGUCCUGCUUCCACCUUUCACUGUCCUUCCUGGAAUCGGGAUUAUUGAGAAAACUAGUCGUCACUACAAAAACUCGUAUAUCCAUAUACAUAGAUUUC